AUGCGUGCUGAUCUACGAAGAGAGAAUAUAAAAAUUUUAUCCGUAAAUUUUUUGAUACAAUAUAAAACCAAGCAAUACUCUUUAAAUUUUAAUAUCACAGAGUUUAAACAAAAAUAAUAAAACAAUCAUAGCGGAUAUUUUUUAUUAUCUAUCCUCGCAGCAUUUGUAAGACUGUUGUCAGAAAAAGAGCACUUGCAUUUUAUUUACAAAUUAUAACGAUGAUUUAUUAUCGUCGUGAUUACAAAACGUAUCCCAUCAUUCGUUGUGCCAUUUAACAUUUCUGUCGCACCAAAAGAGCGUCAAUGACGCAUUGCACGCAGCAUCAAAGAAAUCUUUCACCGAGGCUAUCGAUUCUCGCGACCUCGCUACGUUUAUUAUUACACGCUAUCAAUAUAUAUUAAAUGUGCUGCAACGUGAAUUUGCUAUGAAUCCAUCGAGAGAACGAAUCUGUGUGCUACAAAAACAAUACUCGUGAAAUCAGGGAAUAAAAAAAUAUGCGCAUAGCAAUCGUGGGUGCUGGUGUAAUAGGAGUAACAAGCGCGUUCGCAGUGAAAACCGCUUAUCCGAAUUACGAUGUGACUAUCUUCGCCGAUGUAUUCUCACCUGACACUACUGGUGAUGGAAGUGCUGGUCUAUGGGGUCCUUUUCUUCUCGGGGAUACACCUGUCGACAAUAUAACUCGAUGGGCUGACUGCACGCAUAAAUGGUUCGAACAAUUGUGGAAAGCCGGAUUGUCAUCGAAAACAGGUGUUUCUUUGCUACCUAUAACUCGCGUUACUAGCGAUUACAAGAACGACAUUGAUCCGAAAUACAAAAUUGUCUAUGGGUUCCAGACACUUAGUGAUAAAAAAUUACGACGCUUGAAUGAAGAACAUAAGUCUAAUUACAAACAAGGCUGGCAAUUUAUAUCUUAUACCGCUGAGCCUGUCCUGUUACUGCCGUGGCUCAUGGAAAGAUUCAUCGCUUUGGGCGGAAAAAUAAAAAAGAGAAAUAUUAAAACGUUGCACGAAUUAGCCGAGGAAGGAUACGAUUUAAUAAUAAAUUGCAGCGGACUUGGUGCACGAGAGCUUGUCGCGGAUAAAACAAUGACACCCAUCAGAGGUCAGGUGUACAGGGUAAAAGCACCUUGGAUAAUGCAUUGUUUUCUAGUGGACGACGAUUCUUGCAAUUACAUUAUUCCUAACAUUCACAAUAUUGUAUUGGGUGGUACGCACCAAGAAGGUGAUUUCGAUCGUUCCAUAAAAGAGGAAGAUUCUAAACACAUUUAUGACGGAUGCUGUCGCGUGAUGCCGUCUCUAAAAACUUGUCAAAUAAUUCGCGAAUGGGUGGGUCUUCGACCAGGACGACCGCAAGUUCGUCUGGAAUAUGAAACUCUCAGUUCUAAGGGAAAAGAAAUUAAGGUGAUACACAAUUACGGUCACGGCGGAAGUGGCGUGACGCUGUGCUGGGGGUGUGCCACGGAUGUCGUGGAAAUGAUAAGAAACUUGAAAGUACAAAAAUUAAACUCCAAACUGUAACUGUCCAGGGACAGAAUAAACUUUUUAUCCUUCA